AAGUUCCGGGUAACAUGCGUCGGCCGACCUCAGCCCGAGAUAAACAACAGUGUUCAGAGCCGAGGCUAGCGACUGUUCGAGAGCGUGUGUUCACCGACUUAAAAUGGCAAAUAAAACGGAGGACUUCGGAGGUUUAUGGCUGUGAUUACGUCAAACAAAUCUAUUGCCACCCUCCAUCCCUAGAUCUGGAUAACCCUCUCUUCAGCCAUGUCAUCGCGUGUGUUGCUGCGGCAGCAGCUGAUGCGAGAACAAGCCCAGGAGCAGGAGAGACGUGAGGCCCAGCAGCAGGCCUCUGUCUCUCAGCUCCGGGCCUCUGACUCCACUCCAGCCAUCUCUGUCACACUGCCCCCCAAUGCUGCCCGUCCCCCUCCAGCACAGGUGCCUGUGGAGGUGCUGAAAGUGCAGACCCACUUGGAGAAUCCUACCAGGUACCACAUCCAGCAGGCACAGAGGCAACAGGUAAAGCAGUACCUCUCCACCACUCUGGGCAACAUGGCGGUUACUCAGACAAUGGGUGUGUCCCCUGUGCCGCAGUCCAGUUCUGCCCCUGAAGUUGCUCCUACUGCCAGCAGUGCCCCCAACAGUCCCAUGGCUCUGCUUAACAUCGGAUCUAACAAGGAGGAAAUCGACGAUGUGAUCGACGACAUCAUAAGUCUUGAAUCCAGUUUUAAUGACGACAUCAUUACGUUGAUUGACUCAGGUCUUCAGUUGCCGAGCACGCUCCCAGGAAAUCUGUUGGAUGUGUACCAUAGCCCUGGAAUGGCAGCACCUACUCUGACUGUCAGCAACUCCUGCCCUGCAGAUCUUCCAAAAAUUAAAAGGGAAAUUACUGAUUCAGAUGCCAAAGCACUAAUGAAAGAAAGGCAGAAGAAAGACAACCACAACCUCAUUGAGAGGAGGCGGAGAUUCAACAUCAAUGACCGUAUAAAGGAGCUGGGUACACUGAUACCCAAGUCAAAUGACCCAUAUCACAACAAUGCCAGUGAGAUGCGCUGGAAUAAGGGCACCAUUCUGAAAGCUUCUGUAGACUACAUCAGGAAGUUACAGAAGGAGCAGCAGCGAGCCAAGGAUAUCGAAAUGCGUCAGAAAAAGCUGGAGCAGGCAAAUCACAGUCUAAUGUUACGCAUCCAGGAGCUGGAAGUGCAGGCUCGGAUCCACGGCCUCUCCUCCUCCAGCAGCAUCUCACCUGCUCUGAGCUCCGAUCCCUCCCUGCUCCAGCAGCAGCCGGUCCCACAGGGCGGCCAGUCUCUGCCUCCCAGCGCAGGAGGACCCUCCUCCCAAAACCUCCUCGGUCUGGGUGCAGCCGCCAUUGGUCAGUCUCUGCCCGCCUCCUUCCUGUCCCCGCCCUCCUCAGACUCUCCUGCAGGUGUCACCAUCAGCAGCCCCCUGGAUCUGGGCAGCCUCAGCUUUGCCGAGCUAGACGACACAUCCGCCUCAGCACUCUACCCAGACGUGGGCUUGGGAGACAUUCUUAUGGACGACGGAUGCACCAUGUCUCCAGACAGGAUGGGCGAGCCGCUGUUUUCUCCUUUGUCACCAGGUGCCUCUAAAACCAGCAGUCGCAGGAGCAGCCUUGAAAUGGAUGAGGACUUGUGAUGAGCUCUGUGUGGCAGUCAGAGACUGUCUGUAGGGACAAGAAUGUCAGGGAGUGCAGUCUAUCCUUAAAUAACGUUAAGUCUAUUUAUAGGACUGUAGAACUUAAAGCAAAACUAGCUAACAUUAAGAUCAAAACUAACAAACGUUGCAUCUUGAAUUCUUUUGCCAUACAGACCUAAUUUUUAUUGUUCCUGUAUGGAGCUGGUCAGAUGAUUAUGUCUUUGUUUAUAAAUGCAAUCUUAUUGAAAUGGAAUAUUGUAUAAUAGGGGCAUGGAUUUAGCAUUAAGAAAUAAUACAUUCUUUAAUAGUUUUUAAGAUUUUCUUCAGAGAUUUAAGAGGGAUAUAAAGUUUGCUUAAAUUUAUUGUGCUCAUUUCCAGGGAAGAAAGCUGUGAGGUUUCACAACAACAUUGGCUGGUUUAAGAGAUGCCAACACACAGUAUAUUUAGUUUUUCUGUUAUUUUUUUUUUCUUUUCAACUGACUGGAAUCAGGGUUUGUUAAUAGCAGUUGCAUGCUCAUCCGUGUUGGGUUGUUUCACCAGCAGCUACAGAAGGGAUCUUUGUAAAGUGAAUUGGCACAUUGUGAAAUAUUUACUGCAUAUUGUAUAUAAGAAUAUUUUAUUUUGAGCAAUUUUAUUGCACCUUAUUUUUUGGCAGUCUAUGCAUUUUAUGAGAGCUUUUGUCUGUUUUUUAUUACCAUUACACACAGUGGACGGCUAAUGCCCAGGUUGCAUGUAUUUGUAAUAAACCUUAAAAGCAGUGAAAAAUCACUUGCUGCUGCAGCUAGUUAGCCAAAGCAGGACUUCUUCCAGAGUAGCUACUAAUUACAAAUCAGCGUUUUAUUUUUGAAUAUAUUCACUCAGUCAACGGAAAUGAGAGACGGUAUGAGAAAUGCAGAACAAUUUUAUCCUUUUACAAUAGUACUGUAGUUCAUAACAUUUUUUGAUACCUGAAUAAUAGUUUGAUAAGUCAUUUCUCCUGACUAAUAUCUGUGUUGUCAGUGAUUGUUUGUGUCUGUUAACCUUGGUGGUCACUGAGUGAUUUUACUGGUUAGCAUGUUCUACCAAGAUGGUGGCUUUUUUUGACGAUCAAAACUGAUAUAUCUGAUAAUGCAUUAUUGCUCAUUGUAGUGUGACAUCAGAGGGCUUUGGCCUCCUUUUAAACCAACCACUAGCCGCCUCACAUUUGUAAUAAUAAGGAAUAACUGUUUGCCGUGUGAAACCUGCAAUGCAAUUAUUAUUCUGUAAAAUAGCCACAAACUUGGAGAGGCUUUUAAUUUACCAGAUGCUUAACACAACCUUAUGUAUAGUUAAUGAAUGUGUGUUUGAGAAAGUACCUGCAUAAGUGUAGUUGUUUCAUGUUUUUUUUUAACACUGGCGCAUUGUAUUAUUUCUUCCUUCAACACAACCUCCAAGUUAUUGAUAUACUUAAAUUCUAAGCUCUCCUUUUAGCUGUAAUAACAUAAAAACAAAAUGAGAAAAAGCAGCCAAAAACACUCUUUGGUGGUUUGGUGGUUACAAUGAUUUUAAGGUGUCCUCUCCUCUUCAUUCAGAACUCACCUACUUUGUUUUUGAGAUAAAAGCAGCUCUACUCUAUAGCACGGUGCUGCUGAUUGCGUUGUUACUAUUCCUGUAAGAUUAAGUACCUAUGGUCAGCUUUUCCACUCGUACACAAUAUUAACCAUGUCUUACCCUGACGUAUAUUUGAGUGCUAACAUUGACUGUUAACCAUAAUCCGGUAGCAUUUGUGUCUUGUUGCUACAGGUUGGCUUUCAGAAGAUUUUAACAAAUAAAUGAUUCCCAUUGG